AUGACUUUCAUUCAUUUCCGUUUGCGCUGCUCCUCUAUGUCGCUUCUUCAACAUCCUUCUCCCUAUCGUGAUGACGAAACGCGCGUUGAUAUAAUUACUCAUGCAUUUAGCGAUAUGUUUUUUUUUUUAAUUGCCAUGCCACAUACCAUUCUUAUUAUCCUCAAGUUCCUCGGCCAGCUCUUUGUUAUCCUUCCAUGCCUUUACCUUCUAUUCCUUUUCUUUGGUGGUUACGGUUGGGGCAUCAUACCUUAG